CGAGCAGCAUUGCUCGACUCUAUCCCCGCAGAAUGGCGUAUACCAGCAGAUCUCAUGCCUCUCGAGUCUCAAUUAGAUGUGACAGGCUUUCCAACCGAGAGUGGCUUCUUUACCGAAGGCGAGUUGAAAUACACUUCUGCCAAAAUCCCAGAACUGUUACAGCAAAUUCACAGAGGCAAGUGGAAAGCAGUAGAUGUGACAUCAGCUUUCUGCAAGAGGGCCUCGGUAUGCCAUGAACUCACGAACUGCUUGUCCGAGACUCUCUUCCCGGAAGCACUGGAGAGAGCAAAAGCCCUCGAUGAUCAACUUCANAAAACUGGAAAACCUAUUGGCCCACUUCAUGGUCUACCCAUAUCGCUCAAGGACAACUUCAACAUCAUCGGCAAAGACUCGACUAUUGGUUUUGUGUCCUGGGUAGAUCAGCCGGCUACCUACAAUACAGUUAUGGUGGAUCUCUUGAUCAAAGCUGGAGCGGUACUCUAUGUCAAGACGAACGUCCCCACCGCAAUGAUGAUCGCAGAAUCCGUGAACAAUACUUUCGGCCGCACCGUAAACCCUCUCAACAGAAAACUCACAUCUGGGGGUUCGUCAGGAGGUGAAAGUGCAUUGAUUGCAUUCUCAGGGUCAGUGCUGGGAAUUGGCACCGACAUCGGCGGUUCUCUGCGUAUUCCCGCAGCUUGUACUGGUAUCUAUACACUAAGACCUUCUUUCGGCCGAUUCCCUACAGCCAAUGCGCGGUCCGGUCUAUCAGGACAAGAAGCAGUCAACUCUGUGAAUGGGCCAAUGGCUCGCACUCUGGACGACAUCGAGUUCUUUGCGAAGAACGUUGUAGGUGCAGAGCCUUGGAAGCUCGAUCCGAAGUGUUUGCCAAUUCCUUGGCGUUCUGUUGACGUUGGUCGCAAGCUGCGGUUGGGGGUCAUCUGGAACGAUGGCAUGGUCAUACGAAAGGGGCAAUUCUUCGUGGCAGACGGGGGUAAGUCGGUCAAAGAGAUUCUGGCUCCAGUAGACGAACCUUUCAGAGAAGAAAUGCUGCCAUACAAGGACGCGACGGAGAUAGGGGUGCAUGCAUUGUGGCAGCUCCAAGCAAAAAGAACGAAACUGUGCAAGGAUUACCUCGAUCGAUGGACCCAAGCAGGUCUCGACGGAAUUUUGUACUAUUCGGCCGUGUCGUUUCCCAGCGGCAUAGAUGCAGACAAGCAGUUGGAUCAGGCUGAGUCGGGCAUGGAACCAUUGUCGCAGUUGGAUGCACAGAUCCAGGCAGAANNUGUGAGUUCGUGGUUGACAGCUGAAGACGAACAUGCUAACUAUUGGCUAGACAAUGCGGAAGUGGUUCAUGGAAUGCCAGUCAGUCUGCAGCUCGUUGCCAACAGGUUGGAAGAGGAGAAGGUCGUGGCAAUGACGAGGGUGGUCCUGGAAGGACUUGGAGUCGCGAUGUGA